AUGGAAGAAUUGAGAGAAACUACCAAUUCUUUGAGUUCUAAUCCUCCGAUCAAUCCUUCCGAUGACUCUUCGAGUCCUUACUAUUUACACCCUAGCGAUAAUCCUGGUCAAGAACAAGAAAUCCUUCUUCAUAUCUACAACAAUUCUAUUGUGAUAAAGCCACUUGGAACUGCGGGUCCCAUCGCUUUAGCCCGGGAUAAAGUGAUAGACGGUUCUGGUAAACUAUUUUUUGUUGUCAACAGUGAUGUUAUCAGUGAGUACCGAUUCAAAGAGAUUAUUGAGUUCCACAAAACCCAUGGUGGUGAGGCAUCUAUAAUGGUGACCAAUGUAACAUCAUGGUAA